AUGACAUACAGCACAAAAGAUGAAGAUGAGCGCACAAAGAAUCUUAAAAUCAUCCAUGCAAUCUAUUUAUCGACAAUUGGCAAGCAAAUCAUGGAAGAAGCCGAAAUCGAAGAAGGCAAAUUCAGAAAACCUUUCGAUACACCAGCAUUUCGCAUAACAGCCGAGUAUGUUGCCCAAUACCUUUACGGAAAAAUCAUGAAUAACACACUUAAAACCGUUGAAAAGGAAACAGAUCAAUACUGUCGCCUCAGACACGAUGAGUCAUGGCUCUAUAGAAAGCUCAGAGUAGAGCCAGGACAGUCACUUAUUGGCACUCUUCUUGACUCUGUUUCAGAAGAUGUUACUGUUUCUUCAACCAUCGGAUCAAAUUCAACUUCUGGCAGAAGAAUGAAGCCAAAAUCUAGAGGACUUGAUAACUCUAUAUCAGGAUCCGAUGCUCCACGCCCAUUGCGUCCAAAGAAGGAAACACAAACAGCAUCAAUCGAUGAUCAGUCUGUAGACUUCAUAGAAUCCAAAGAUUUCUCACAAUUUACGACAGUCCUCACCACAAAUGUUGGUGCAGAUUACCAACAAGACACUACAAUGUCAGCUGUUUCUGGAUUAACCUUUACAGAGCUCGAUGCAACAGAUUCAGAUGAUUUCGAUAAGAACUACGAUCCUCGUGGCAUUAAUGCCAGACCGAAACCGCUUCCAAAGCUUUCUAAACGCGAAUUGGCCGAUUCCAAAUUCAAAGCCGAACAAUACGAGACAACAAUGACACAGACAAACAUCGAUACGAUUGGAUGCACAGCAGAUUACCAAGAGCACAAGAAGCUCCGCCGCGAAUUGAAGGAUGCAGGAAUUAUUGAUCCGAAUGCAACGACAAUGACAACAUACCACGAUACAGUAGAUACAGAGGACAGCUUCCUCAAGCCACAUCCUCGCUAUGCACCAGAAACUAUCGACUCUACAUGGAUGGAACUCGAGCAACCACCACAAACAAAUACAUUUGCUGUUGGCCAGUGUCCAUUUGCUAAGGAUUUCCAGGAGAUUGUGUCCAGAAAGAAGAAGAUGGUAUCUAUGGGAAUGCAGACAUCGAAACAACAUUCAGAAAAGAAAGAUAACAUCGAAUCUCUCGGAAUUGCUCCUGCUCCACCUCUUCCAACUAAUAUCAUCGAUGCUGCUGCAUCCCCUCAAGAUGUCAGACAACAGGUUGUUCAUGAAAUGCUCGGAAAAGACUCACAGGAACUAGAGCCAUAA